CCAAUAUAAGAACUACGAGGCGGCUUGGAUGCUGAAAUCUUACCGAGGAAGGAAACUGUUGGCCCCCUUUCCAGACGUCCACCCGGGAAUUGAAAUCCUUGUGGAGGCGACCAGUAGGAACGAUGGAUUUCGCUAUAGGGCUAUUGCCAACGGGGGCGCGGACAGGGUGAGGGAUAGUCCUUUCCCAAUGCCGCUCGAGGUGUCGGAGAGACAGGAGGAGGAGCGGGUCAAGGCAGCGGCUGACACUACGGCGCUCACUGAGCUUGCAGGGAAGACGACGACCGUUUUGGAUGAGGGGACGAUUUACGGGUAGAGGGAUAACCAUUGUGGGAGGAUGGCACAACCGCCGGUUGAUGGGGGUGGGGGCGCUUGUGCCCGCGCGGCGCAGGGUGGCUGGCGGCUUUAAGGUAGAGGAUGGCAUUUACAGGGUAUGCAGGGCACCGUACGUCGGAUACCGGAAGA